AUAACUCAUUUUGUACAUUUAAAUGUGCCUUCAACUAUAAAUACAAUAAGAAUUAGAAGUUAUAACUUAUAAGCUAAAUUUGUACAGACAAAAAUGGCUGAAAAUUACUAGUUACUUAUAAGAAACCUAUGUGAUGUCAAUGAAUUCUUCAAAUAUGUUGGUAAGUUCUUGUUUUGGCUUUGCAAUGUCUGUUUUUGCUCUCUCCCUUCAAUAUCAUUAGAGCUUAAACUCUUUUCUCGCUCCAAUAUCUUCCUUUUAAAUUUUAUAUUGCAUCCUUUGUGUGGAAGUAGAUACUCUUUUUAAGAUGUCAAUAAUUAUGAAACAGGAUAUAGUUGUAUGAUUGUUGAGAAAUCUAAAUGAACGUGUUAUAAAGACCACUGUGAGUCUGAAAAUUUAAGACAAAUUUUUGUUUGCUUUCAUUAAGUAAUAUUGUUGGUGUUGGCUGUGUUAAAGCGAUUUAUAUAGCUUUAAGAACUUGUGUCCUACAUCUUGUGAAAUUGUGCCCUUCUAUUACAUGUAAUUAAAUAUAUGUUUGAGAAUUACAGAAAUAAAGUGCACAAAAUGUAAAAAAUAGAAAGAAACUUAAAGUUUCGCAUGUCGGUGGUAGCAAAAGCAAUGCAAGGAGAAGUCGUCAAAUGGAGCAAAAAUUGGGAAGACCUGUGUGUCGAAGUGAGGUUAUUUUGUCAACUUUACUGAAGAAGGAUGAUAACUAUGUGAAUGAAGAAGGAAAUAUUUUAGGUGAUAAGAUAUCAGAGCAUCUACCUAAAGAUCAGGAACUUGCUGCCAGUUCACGUGUUCCUAUGAAGAUACUAGCUCAUCUUAAUGAUGCUGUUGGAAAAGUGUAUGGAGUUCAACAUUCUGGUUGUGUGCGUGGUUUAGGUGGUAAUGUUUUCCCUUCAAAUGCUUUUGGAAUGCCUCGCAUUCAAUUAGUUAUGCGAAUCUUGGUAGCUCUAGUAGUAUGUCUGAUCAACGUGUUGGAGACGUAGAGAAACAUGUAGAAACCUUGAAAGAAAAGGGAUAUAAAGAGACCAAAAAACAGCUUGAGGCAACCAAAUAAAUGCUCUAGGGAACUAAGAAUCGGGUUGUGCAAAAUGAGAAUCAAUUGACAACUCUUCAUUGCUUUUUACAAGCUAAGUUUGGUAGUGAGUUGCCUACUUUCAACUAAUCUUCUUAGCCUUUAGUAUAUUUUAAAACAAACUAUAUAUAUGGUAUUUUUUUAAACUUUUAGUAUUUUGAUUACUCUAGUAUUUGUGGUACUUUGUAUGAAUAUUCAAGGUUUGAAGCUCUUAUCUUUUGCGACUAUAUGUAGAACAAUGUUGGAACU